AUGUCAAAUAUUUUUUUUUUAAAGAUCUAAAGGUAAAAGUGAUGCGGAGCUUUUAAUUUACAUUAUUAUAAAUAAUUCUUCAAGAUAUAAAAAGAUCAAAAAAUUAUGGCAUCGGCCUUAGAAAAUUAUGUUAACCAUGUACGAAACUUUAGUUCUUCUGACAACUUUAGAGAGUUAGCAGAAUAUUUGAACGAAUCACUAGAACUUUUAACCAAAAAUUAUAACAUUUUGGAUAAUGUAUUAGAAACUCUAGAUAUACAACAACAUUCUCUUGGUGUUCUCUAUGUUCUGCUAGCAAAAUUGGUUAAUAUUGUUAAAUCAAAUGCUGACUCUGGGAAUAUCGUGAAAUCUGUCAAAGAUUUUAUAAAUCUUUGCAACGGAGAGCAAAUACGUUAUGCGGCACAAACUUAUUUUGAGCUUUGUCAUGUUUUCACUAGCUAUAUGGUAACACAACCAAAUGUAAUACAAGCUAUAAAAAUUUUAUCAACCGCUAUUGAGAAAGUCCGCUUGCACGAAACGCAAUUAACUUCCGUUCAUGCAGACUUAUGCUUGGUCAGUUUAAAAGCAAAAUGUUUCAAUACAGUUUUAAGAUUUCUAGAUGUCGAUAUUACAGCGAUAGCUACAACUGAUGAUGUUCAUGUUGAUUCAAAAUAUUUUCUUUUAUAUUAUUAUUACGGCGGAAUGAUUUAUACUGCUAUUAAAAAUUAUGACAGAGCAUUAUAUUUCUUUGAAGUAGCUAUUUCAACCCCAGCAAUGGUUAUGUCUUGCAUUAUGUUGGAAGCUUACAAAAAGUUUAUUCUUGUUUCUUUAAUCUUGCAUGGCAAAGUCAUUAAUAUACCCAAAUAUUCGCAUAUUUCAAGAUUUAUGAAACCAUUAAGUCAAGCAUAUUAUGAAUUAGGAAAUGCAUAUGCGACUUCUUCAAGUGACGAAGUUCGAAAUGUAAUAAACAAAUAUAGAGAUUUAUAUAGUAGAGACAUUAAUUUAGGACUUGUCAAACAAGUCGCACAAUCCUUGUAUAAAAAGAAUAUUCAACGAUUGACAAAAACAUUUUUAACAUUAUCAUUAGCAGAUGUAGCAAGUAGGGUUCAGUUAUCUAGUGCUGUGGAAGCAGAAAAAUAUAUUUUGAAUAUGAUAAAAUCUGGAGAAAUUUUUGCUUCAAUCAACCAAAAAGACGGCAUGGUAAUAUUUAAAGAUGACCCUGAAAAAUAUUGUUCUCCGGAAAUGUUCCUUAAAAUUCAAGAGGAUAUGAGUCGCGUCAUGGAAUUAAACAAACAAAUUAAUAAAAUGGAAGAGGAUAUUAUGUUAAAUCCAAUGUUUGUUAAAAAGUCAAUUGGUAAUCAAGAUGAAGAUAUAAUGAUUUCCGGUCAACAUUCUAAAUCAUCAUAUUCUGGGGAUCCAACAGAUUAAUGACGACUGAUAAAACUUGGCUAUGCUGUAAUUAUGAAAAUUAAAAGUUUAUAUUUCAUUUUAUGAUCUAUGGAAAUUAAAACAACAUUAAUUUGAUAUUCUCUCUGUAUUUUGCUGUUGUUGCUACAAAUGAAACGAAAAAAAGAAAAAGUAUUAAUUUUUUAGGAAAGACUUCAUUGAUAGAAUAAUAAUGGUUGGAAAAAUUUUUUUAAAUUUGUUUCAAUUUAAAUUUACCAAAAAACAAAGCAAACAAAGUAAUAUAUUUAACAAAUUUAAAUUUUGUAUACUUUUUCAUCGAUUCAAACAAAAAUUAAUUUUUCUUGUAUAAAAUCAAUAUACAGAAU